UAUCCACCAUAGUGUAUCACCGGGAUUUGGAUAAAUGUUAUGAAGGUGUCACGGGAGAUGGACGAGUUAGCGUACAAAGUACAUUGAAGCAGUGAUUUGUGCCCAAAUUCCCAUGAAGAAAAUGUUUGAUCGCAUCCGCUAGCACGACUAUCGCAAGGCAUCGUCCGCGUUAACAUUGUGUCUUAUUUAAUUGCCCUAUGACGGCAUUUCUUGACGUGCCUUAGGUCUUAAAUAGUUGUCGUGCUUUUAAGAGGAGGAAUUAUGAUUUCGGUUGCAAGGGAGUGGAGUUUGGUCACGUGUUUCCUGAAUGGAAUGAAAGAAUUUUUAGGAUGUUUUAUCAUGUGACCAACGGCGGCUAUCGAGGCGUUUAUUUUUGACGGAGUCUUCACGUAGAAGAAAACUGCGUCUUGAAAACCGCGUAUUACACGACUUGUUUAUUUACAUGAGAGAGAAAUUUGUCGCUUAUCAUUAAGCAGUCGUAGUUCGCGACUUGAUUAUUAGCCAAAUAGCUAUACACAUUGUAGAACUGUGUUGGAAUAUAUACGUUUGCUUUGGACUGUGCUUUUUUUUCUUUGCUUUUAAACGCACCGUACAGUGCAUUUUCAGUGAUGCUGGUGAUGGCUAAAAAAUGAAAUAAAACGUAGAUAGAGAACAGCCUCCGGACGGAUGUAGCCGUGGUGGCCGCGGCUUGAACUGUUUUAUCGGACGGUGAGAAGGGUUGGUAGAUCUGGAGCCAGAGUCGGAGCCAGGGACAGGUCCAAGCAGCACAGGCACAGGGCAGGCUGUGUCAAUGCCGCUGGCCAAGCAGGACCCAGAUGGCGGGAAGCGGGAGCAGUACAACCUGUCCCGCCUGAGGAGCUCCUCCUUGGAGAUCAAGGAGAAGGGCUCGGAGAUCCUGAAGGAGCAGCUGGACACUGCCCAAAGGGAAUUGCAACUGAAGGACAAGGAAUGCGAGCGCCUGUCCCGGGUUCGAGACCAGCUGGAGCAGGAGCUGGAGGAACUGACUGCCAGCCUGUUUGAGGAGGCCCACAAGAUGGUGCGUGAAGCCAAUGUUAAGCAGGCAGCUGCGGAGAAGCAGCUGAAGGAAGCACAGGGCAAGAUUGAUGUUCUCCAGGCGGAAGUGACUGCUUUGAAGACACUGGUACUUACCUCAACCCCCUCCUCACCCAACCGCCAGAUGCAUCCCCAGCUAAUGUCCCCAGGGUUGGGGAGCAAAAGGGGAACGCCCCGCACAGGGGGGGGCCACUUUCGCAACAAGAGUGCCAGUGGGGUGCUGGCUUUGGAUGUUACGUCCCAGGACCAUACCGCCACUCCUACAAAACCUGGGUUCCAAGAGGGUCGUGAGAUAGACUCCUCUCUGUAUGCAGAGUUUCUCACUUGGCGGGAGGCGGCGAGUCUGGACUGCACCUCUGCCUUCUUGAGCCGCGUUUAUAAAGAGGACAUCAGGCCCUGCUUGUCCUUUACCUGCUCUGAGCUCUCUGAGGCGGUUCAGGCGGCUGUGGAGAACAAUUCUCUGACCAUUGAGCCUGCGGCCGCUGCUGCCCUUCCUGUGAUGAAGGCGUCGGCUGCAGAGCGCAGCGGAUCCAAUGGCUGGCGUGCAGCAGUGGAGACGAAGUGUGCCCUUACUGGUGUUUCUCGAGUCUGCCAGCAUCGAAUCAAACUAGGUGACAAAGGAAUGUACUACUACAUUUCGCCCUCCAGCCGCGCGCGGAUCACGGCUGUGUGCAAUUUCUUCACCUACAUCCGCUACAUUCAGCAGGGCCUGGUCAGACAGGAUGCUGAGCAGACCUUCUGGGAGGUGAUGCGUCUGCGGCGGGAGAUGGCCGUGGCCAGGCUGGGUUACUUCACUGCUGACGAGAGUUAGAAGAUGCCUGUUCCGGGCGGAUGAGCAGCACAGUUGAUAUUCAGGAGUCCCGCUGAUAAGGCUCCACUGAUCCCAGUUCAGAGCUCAGCAGGCUGUGCCAGGUGCUCACCUGCUGAUCACAGAACAGAGAUCAGCCAAGGGGACGGAUUGUGGGAGGUGUUAGAGUAAAGCCAUGGGGGCGACGAGUUUGCAUGAAGCCCUCUGUCUAUCAGCCUGCCAUGGGCUGAAAUGCCACCAUCUGUGCCUUUUCGUUUGUGCCCCAUAAAUGACAACUAGCCCGUGUAUCAUAUGGCUAUGCAGGAUGCGCUUGGUCUGCGUGGGGAUCUCCGAACGAAGGGGAGCUCUGCGACCUCUUCAGGGCCGUUGGGGCACUGGAUAGGAUGCAGGUGAACAUUUGUUUAAGCUGCAUAUCCCAGGCCAGGUACAGCUUUCUAUAACAGCCAUUUGGGUUUUGCACUUAGAGCCAUUCCGUGGGUCAUGAAACACCAUGCUGCAUAUGAUGUGGCCAUUAUCCAGCAUUGCAUGAUUAGCAUAGUAGUCUAGCAAUCUUUACGUUGGACAAUAUGUAUGUACAAGUUAUGCAUUCAUAUUAGAGAAACAUAUUUCCUUAUGCUGGACAAGUUAUCUUUUGUUUUAGUUUUCUGCUCCCCCCCCCAGAGCCAAUCCUGUAGUUAUAAACAGUAAAACAAG